AUGGUUUCCAUGCGAGAAGCGAUCGAGAGAGUGGUGAGAACGAGCGAAGAGAUUUUUUCUGAUAUCAGGAGAUUGGAAUUGGAUGAUGAUGAUGAAAAUGAUGAUGAUGAUGAUGAUGAGAAUGAUGAUGAUGCUUUAACAACGACGACGACCAAACGAAAACGACGAACGCAUUUUAAAGUGCCGAUUGAGAAAAGCGUCGGAAGAGUGAGCGAGAGAGACGUUCGCGCGAAGAGAGCGCACCCGGUGAAAGACGUGUCCAUAAUGGAUGGAUUUUGUUUCAACAUUACGAACGAGAACAACAACACAGAAAAGAAGUUCCGGGUGAAUAAAAUGUUAACGAAUCGAGCGCAAUAUGCAGAGAACGCAUACAAUGAAGACGCGGUGUUAUUGCACGAGGAGUGCGCGUACGUCACCACGGGCGCGGUGUUGCCAAAAGGGGCGAACUGUGUCGUUCCGGAGGAAAAUGUAACGAAAGUGACGAUGAACGACGACGAUUCGUUCGUCACGAACGUGCAAGAGAAAGAUUAUAAAGUACACAAAUGGAUACGAAAAGCGCAAUCAGACGUAGGAAUAGGAGAUCUUUUACUAAAAAAAGGUGAAAGAAUAGAAUGGUACGACGUGGGUAUCUUAGCCGCGGGUGGUAUACGCGAGAUUGAGGUUUCGAGGAUGCCGAGCGUAGCGUUGGCGUGUACCGGAGACGAAAUUGUUGAAGUUUCGAAAGACACUAUUCCAGAUUCGAACGCUUCCGCAUCGUACGACGUGAAUGGACCCGCGCUGAGGAGUGCGUUGCGAUCGAGUGGGGCGGAAAUUGUGAACAUAUUCGACGACGACGAUGGUGGUAGUGGCGGUGGUGAUGAUGAUGAUGUAAAGACUAGGAUAAUACGAGACGAGGAAGGUGCGGUCGUGGAUACGAUUCGCCGCGCGUUGGCGUCAGAUUGCGACGUUUUAAUUACUACCGGUGGCGCGUCUAAAGGUGAUCGAGACUAUAUUUACGACGCAAUGAUGCGUAAGAUGUGCGAAGGCGAUGCAAGCGCAGUCGCGUGCCAUUUUCAAAGCUUAUCCAUGAAACCUGGGAAGCCUACGAAAUUUUUUACACUUUCGAGACGAAAGAUAUUAGGAGUAAACAAACCUGAUUUAUUGUGCUUGUCGUUGCCGGGAAAUCCAGUUUCGUGUUGCGUGACGUUUGAGCUAUUAGUGAAACCUAUGUUGCGCGUGCUUCAAGGACAAAACGUCGUUUAUCCGCCAAGAAGUGUUGCAAUAUUAGGGGAUGAUAUUCAACUCGAUGACGAGCGAGAAGAAUUCCAUCGCGUUUCUUUGGGUUGGAAAGCGAAGAAGAGUUCUGAUGGCGAACACCCUUUGCUCCCAAUAGCUUACUCUACUGGUAAACAAAUAAGCUCGAGGAUUUUGAGCAUGCGGGAAGCGGAUGCGUUGAUUGAGCUUCCAGUGGGAAAUGCAACGCAUACGAAAUUGCCGAAAGGAACGAUCGUUUCAAUCGUACCUAUCGCAGAUUUGAGACAACGAGGAGCCGCAUCUGUUCGAAGUAGUAUUCUGCAUUUACAGAACGAUGCAAAAAUCAAAGCGGAAAGGACGACGCAAUCCUUCUCGAAGAUGGCGGUUCGACGACCAAUCGAAGUUAUAAACGACGAGACAACUGGACUUGACGACUUGUCUUUUUGGAGAAAAGUUGUCGCGAGAAACGCUUCUGGAGUGGUCGCAGUUGUGGGACCAAGAGCACGCGAAGCGAUGCCAGAUGAGUACAAGCAACUUCUUCUGCACGAUGAUGUCCCCGGCGUUGAAGAAAUCGUUUUCGAAUUGACGAACUUUACGGAUGUUUCGGCGUUUCGCGUCUUUUCGGACGAGGGGCGUUUGACAUUAGUCGUUGUUGUGGACGACGCAAUCGAAGACAGUCUUAAAGAUAUCGAAAUGAUCAAAUAUGCUAUAGCUGAAUCCAUCAGAGGUGACGAAACGUUCUCUUCGAUGGGCGUUGCUAACGAGAAUGUCAGCGAAACUCUCGUUCGGAGAACAUACGCGAGAAUAGGCCUCCUCGGGAACCCCUCGGAUCAAUAUUUCGGUGAAGUUGUCGCGGUGUCGAUUAAGAAUUUCUAUGCCGAAACUGUUUUGAAACCUUUACCAACAUCUUCUGAAAUCAAAAUCGUUCCAGGUCCGUACGACGCGAACGAUUUUGAAUCGAUAUCGGCGUUAAAACAGUUCACCUCCGAGCACGGCUACGACGGAGGCGCGAAAUUGAUAAAAGCGUUGUUAGCAAACUUUGCUAAAUUUUGCGAAGAGAAGCAAAUUGCACUCAAAAACCCAUCCGUUGGUUUCAGUUUAUCGUAUUCUUCGAAUAUUCCGAAACAGACCGGGAUGAGUGGCUCGUCAGCAAUCAUCAUCAGCUGCAUGAACUGUUUAUUAGACCGAUACGACGUUCGUGACAAAAUUUCCAAAGAAGAACGAGCGUUUCUAGCAUUGCAAGUUGAAAAUGACAUUGGCAUCGCGGCUGGAUUGAUGGACAGAGUCAUCCAAGUGUACGGUGGGUGCGUGCACAUGAACUUCCGAAACGCAGAAAAAGUGAAGGAAACGGGAAUUGGCGAAUACGAGUACGUCGACGCGGAGAAAAUUCCGAAACUGUUUGUCGUUUGGAGUCAAAAUCCAUCCAAUUCGGGAAAGAUCCACCAACCGGUUCGCCAAAGAUGGCUCAGUGGCGACGCUGAAAUCAUUCAAGGCAUGCAAAAUGCCGCCGAUUGUGCUCGAGAAGGGUUACAGAUUAUUCAAAUGAGCUCUGGGAAAGAGUCGUGCGCGAUUCGUUUAGCACCCAUACUUUCGGCCAAUUUUGCUGCGAGACGAAAGAUGUUUACCGACGCCGGUUUGGGAGACGAAAACAUUCGAAUGAUUGAGCUGUGUCAAAGUGUCGGCGCGGGAGCAAAGUUCACGGGAAGUGGUGGGGCUGUUGUCGCGUGCUGUCCAGACGGCGCGGAACAAGAAGCGCGGUUGAAAGCGGUGGUAGCCGAGGCUGGAUUCAGCGUCGCGGAAGUCGAAUUCGCCCCGCGUGAGUUGUGA